CGUGAAAACUGUGUUCCACGACGACGGCCCGCUUUGUGUGCGAUUAUUGGUUGCCCAUUUUGGUAACCAAUUUUUGGCAUUCGAAGGAAAGAAAACAAAAAAGAAAAAGAAGGAGAUAUCAAUAAAAACAUAAAUGUCUGAACGCUGCAUGAGCCUUACGGUCGAGCAGAGUCCCUGCCUGCCAUUAACUCUGAACAUGUACAGUCAAAAGCCACGUAACACCGCCGGGGACAGCUUGCCUGGAAUGUGUCUCGCAGCGGAAAGAGGGAAGGAAAGAAGACACACAACAAAAGACCAUUAGAAUUCCACGCACAAAGCAGUGCGAUCGGAUUCGGAGAGGAAAAGGAUCUUUAAGGAGGUUUAAUGGAGGGUUUAACACACGCACGGCGCGGCGCGGCGACACGGACGGUUGGAAUCCUGCGACGGACGGGUGCUUUUGCCUGGAAGGAAGUGCGUGACAGUGAAUACGAAAUGACGAAUAUCCGUCUCGAAUGGGUGAGCCGAGAGAGAGAGAGCGAGCGAGGAUCCAUACCUGUUUCGGUGCUGGAUGGAUUUUUUUGUUGUUGUUUUGUUUUGGGAAGCAAUUUCGGGACUGGGACUGGGUAAUUUCCACCACGGCGACGGUGUAAUUGCACUCUCUACGCAGCGAUCCCUUCGGGGUGCCUCUGUCGUUUCCUUUGCCUUGCAACGGAGCGUUCCCGUGUGCAAAGUGCAUCUUAAUGGUCUGGCUGGACGGAUGGGGUGAGCUUUGAGUCAGUGAGAAUGACCCUGGCCAGAUUGACAAGCACUCGGGAAAGCCCGCGGGAGACGGACCGUACCGGAGUGUGUGUGCUUUUCCUGUCCCAUCGUUGCGGCAGCAAUCGACUGUAAAGUGCAAUAAUUACGCUGUGCCUGUGUACCACCAACCUGCAGGGAAAAGAAUCGUAAAGGAAACACGUUUUCCCGCCUGUGCCAACCGAAACGUGUUUCCAGAAUAUUUAACCCCCCCACCCGUCCAGUGCAUCAAGGGAAUUAUGUUUGCAGUUGAACGCACAGGAAAAGAAACCAUACACGCAGAGAUAAAGAUUAAGUAAAGCAGCACGGGAUCGAGGCUCUUUAAAUCGCGCCGUAAAACAUCGAAACGGGUUCGUCGUCUAGCUAACGGUGCGCGCGGCAUUGUGGUGAGUUAUUUGGCCAUACUCACCACGGCCGAACAGAAAACUCACCACAAAGCAGCGCGCGCGAGCUACACGCCUCGGUUAGAACGAGUUUGUCGUCCACUACUCGGCUUGUCGACUCCACUGCAGGAUGAAUGCCACAUCGCUGCAGUGGAUGGAAGUUUUUUGUGCAAUAAGCGACACUUUAUUACCAAUCGAGCACAUUUUAUUGAGGCCCGCUGGUGGUUUAAAUAAGCGGACUGGUUUGCUAGAGCCGUUUGCCCACCGCCAUCUUGGCGAGACGAGCCAAAAACAAACGUACCUGUGGCUUUCGUCUAACUGUGUGUGCACACAUGACGCGCGCGGACACGCAAAGCUCCUUAUUGGUCAGCCGUUUUGAAAACGGUUCACCGAGAGCCUUACCACCUUACCACACCCAGCCGCCGUCCAGGGAAGGGACAGAUCGAGGAAGAAAAAAAGGUUGAUUGAUGUGCUGUAUAUAAAUACAGCACGCAAAGACAGAGACACGGCGAGAAGAGGUAGCGCAAAGGUUACGGCUCCUCAACUACCAGGUAACUGAAGGCAGGGCAUAGAACAAAGCAAACACACACACACACACACACACACACACACACAAAUAUAUAUAUUAUUCUACACAAAUGUACAGAAGAAGAUCCACUAGAAAAAGGCACACAGCAAAAGGUUAAAGAAUCGAUAGCGCAGCUUUCCGGCAGGGACCCUGCAGUGGUGUGUCAGGGAGCGGCCCAGCUCAGGGAAAGCCACACAGUGAUUCGUUGUUUUAUUACUUUGCUUGCCUCUCCACCGUUGCUUUGUUGAGGUGAAAAACAAAGCAACUUUAUUAGUUAGUCACCCUAUUCCACACCAACCCUUGCCCGCGAGGAGCGGUAAAACGAGAAAAAGCCCUCCGACCGCGUGUGUGUGUGUGUGUAUGGUAAGAGGCUAAGAAUAAGGCAACGAGAAGAAGAAGCCGAAUCCGAGACGCAAACAGACGGAGCAGAAAAUCAAAGAAGCUGAAGCUUAAAGAACGUGAGCGCUAAGGCGAAGAAGCCAGAAAGUUGUUCAACUUGAAGGCAAGAAACGAGUUUUUCUGUGUCGUUUUCUCUUUUUCUUGCUGAGUUGUGCUCUCUCUCUCGCUCUCUUUCUCACACACACACAAGCACUCUCUUUCUCUCGUUCGUAGGCUGGAGCUUUUUGAGCUCCAGUCCAGUCUCCAGAAAGAUACAAAGAGACGAACGUGUUUUGCAAGAAUGGUGAAGGUGUAACUGCAGAGAAAGGAAAGGAGCUGCUGAGAAGAGGGCGAGCAAGAAGGAUGGGGAGGUACCAUAAAACACAACUCUAAGGGGGUGAGUUUGUCUAUGUGUGUGUGUGUGUGCCUCGCUUUGAUGCAAAGAAGAAGAAGCGGACAGAAACCUUCGAGUAGAAUCGAAAACUUGAACUGUGGCUUUCUUGUAAGAUGGUGGCUGCACGCUCAACCUCUCAAAACCGGAAUAGCGGUGCGAAAAGAACUGAAAAGCACUCCAUUGGCACUCUUUCUCGCUCUCGCUCGCGCACUCUUCUCCUACUCUCUUACGCUCUCUCGCUCGUUCUUCCCACCAUCAGAGACAAGUUCGUGAUCAAGUGGGGUUCAGGUUUCGGGGCGGAUCGGGUGCGCCAUUCCCCUACUCGAAUGGCAUCGUUUGGCCACUCUUCGGCUUUGUUCGGGCCGAACUGCUCGAAUUGUCUCCAGGGGCACUCACUCACUCACUCACUCGAUCGUGUCGUGUACGAUUCGCCGCAGCAGCAGCAGCAGCAGCAGCAGUGGUGGUGGUGGUGAGCGAUCGCAGGCCAUCCGUGUAUUGGUGGGCGCGCGUUGCGGUAAAUCAGAAAUAUGAGAACUUAGUACAUUUUGCAGCCGCGCGAGCUUUUAGUUCCACUGCACGGCAAGGUGCGAGCGGACCACCACGCCGCCACAGUGCACGGGCUGUAUUUUGUUUUUCGUUUGUUUUUUUUUUUGUUGGUUUGGUUGCUUGCGGCACACGCCGCCCGGAGUGAGUUGCACACUGCACCCGAUACCCCCGGGGGGAGAUUUGCGGUGCCAAGCAUUUCGCCAGGCGCUGCGCAGCACCUGCAGUUCAGUGCACGGUAGGCGACGAACCCGCCUGUGUGUGUGCUCAAGAGCGGACGCGCGCAAUCGGUUUAAUUUGAAGUGUCCUGUUGUAAGAUAAAAUCCGUGCAAAUGUGUGUAUAAGCAGUGAAAGAGUAGAGUGAAGCAUUACAGACAAUGAUCAAGUUCCGGUACAAACGCAAGGAUCCGGUCCCGGCGGCGACCGCCAAAAAGCUCGACGAUGCGGUGGACUCUCGCGCCUCUACGAACGGUUCGCAGCAGGCAGCGACGAGCAGCCCCAGCGUGCAGCAGCCCCAGCCGGUCCACUACAGCAGCAGUGCCACGUUACCGAAGGACCAUCGGAGCCCCUCGGCCACCGUUUGCUUGAGCGGCGACGCUCAGCAGCAUCCCGACCGGCGGGAUGGCAAUGAUGAGCCGGGGCGGUUCAAUGGCCAUCCGGGCGGCUGGGGCAGCUAUCAGCAGCAGCAGCAGCAACAACAGGCAAUCCAGUACCAUCAGGAGCUGCUGCAGCGCGUCAAGCUGGAGAACGAGCUGCAUCAGCUGCAGCAACAGCAGCGCUACGAGUAUCUGUCCUGCAUCGAUGCGAUCGUUGAAUUGUUCUCCCAGCUGCAGACCAGCUCGGAACCGGCCCUAUGCCCGGAACCGCUGCGCCGUGCGCUGGCGAGCGGACCGCUCGCCGGCCGCCGCUUCCCCCUCGGCUGUCUGGGCGAUGCGGCGGAAUGCUUCGAGCUGCUGCUGCACCGGGUACACCAGCAUCUGUCCCCGGUCGACAGCGAUAGCUGCGAGGCGGCCCAGUGCGUCGCCCACCAGCGGUUCGCGAUGCGCGUCGUCGAGCAGAGCGUGUGCGAGUGCGGUGCCAACUCGGAAAAGCUACCCUUCACGCAGAUGGUACACUACGUGUCGGCGUCGGCACUCACGUCACAGAACUCGCUGUCGAUUCAGCACCAGCAAAACAUCACCUUCGGCCAGCUGCUGCGGAACGCGGGCAACAUGGGUGACAUCCGCGACUGUCCGAGUGCGUGCGGCGCCAAGAUCGGCAUCCGGCGAGCGCUGCUAAACCGGCCGGACGUCGUGUCGAUCGGUGUCGUGUGGGACUCGGAGCGGCCGCCCGCCGACCAGGUGCACGCGGUGCUGAAAGCGAUCGGCACCACCCUGCGGCUGUGCGACGUGUUCCAGCAGGUGUCCGAUCACCGGUGGGCCCAAACCGUCCACCACGAGCUGGUGGGCGUCGUGUCGUACUACGGCAAGCACUACACCACCUUCUUCUUUCACACGAAGCUGCGCGUCUGGGUGUACUUUGACGACGCGAACGUGAAGGAGGUCGGCCCGAGCUGGGAGGGCGUCGUCGAGAAGUGUUCCCGGGGUCGCUACCAACCGCUGCUGCUGCUGUACGCACUGCCCCAGCCCCAGCAACUGCAGCAGCAGCAGCAGCAGCAGCAGCUCCAGCAGCAGCUGCAGCAACAUCAGCAGGAGCUGACGACCCUCGCCCAGCAUCGCAGGGCCGUUACGCCGAGCCCGGAGAAAGCGUCGAUGGGCUCGAAUGUCCGGCGUGCCAUCACACCCACCCCGAACCGGGCCCUGCCGAUCUGCGACUACCAGAAUCUGACCGUCAUACAGAGCAAAAUAUUCGCGUCGGCGAACGGCAGCAGCACGAGCGGCCCGGCCAACACGGCGGCCGGCGAGGACGGCGAAGGGAAGGAGCACUACAUCAGCCGGAAGGCGGUGCAGAAUGUGCUGAGCGCGCAGUACCAGAACCUGUCCGUGAUACAGGACAAAAUCUUCCCAUCGGCUCACGACCUUCAGCAGCAGCAGCAGCAGCAGCAGCAGCAGCAACAUCAACAGCAGCAGCAACAGUUGCGAGUGUUAGCAAACGGUCCCACCAAGCAGCAGCAACAGUUGGGCUACAAUGGCGUCCCCCCCAACUCGGUGGGUAUGCCGAACGUGUCACCGUCCUCCUCCAGCGGUACGGCCUCCUCGCCCGACGGCCUCUCCAUGCCGGACCAUCUCAAUCAGCCGCGGCGGCGCGAUUCGGGCAACUGGAGCGGCGACCGCAACUCGGCCUCCUCCUCCUCCUCCACCACGCUGGACAAUCCGUACCUGUACCUGGUCGGCAAGCGCCAGGUCGGGGGCAGCGUCCCGGCCAGCCCAACCCGUGCCAACAACUCGGCCGGCGCCGCCGGGCUCGGCACGCACGGGGCCGCCCAGUUCUACGACGCCGGCUACGAUUCCUACUCCCUCUCGUCGACCGACUCCUUCCCGUCGAAGCACCAGCCGAGCGGGGGUGGCGGCGGCGCCGGUCCGAGCGCCGCCGGGCUGCUGCUGUCCGCGGCCGGCGCGGCGGUCAAGAUACCGGACUCGGUCGUGCUGUCCGGCGACUGCGAGAAGCUGUGCAUGGAGGCGGACCAGCUGCUGGAGAAGUCGCGCCUGCUCGAGGACGCGCACGAUCUCGAGACGGCGCUGGUGCUGUGCCACGCGGCCGCCAGCAAGGCGCGGGCGGCGAUGGACGCCCCCUACAGCAACCCGCACACGAUGACGUUCGCGCGCAUGAAGCACAACACGUGCGUGAUGCGGGCCCGCUCGCUCAACCGGCGCAUCCUGAUCGAGAAGGGAGGGGAGAUGAUCAAGGAGCAGCAGCUGCAGCAACAGUUGCAGCAGCAGCAGCAGCAGCAGCAGCUCCACCUCCACCACCAAACGAUGCAGCAGCAGCAGCAGCAGUAUCACGUGCUGACGAGCGGCGGAGCGCUCCAGCACCGGCGGCAAAACAGCAAGGAAAAGCUGCUGGCGGCGGGCGGCGGCCACCACCACCCACAUCACCAUGCGCUGGCCGGCUCGACGACGGCCGGUACGACGGCGGGCGCCGGCACCAGCAACACCGCCAGCGCGUCGCCCUCGAAAAGCAUCGAAAUCUACGCCACGCUGCCGAAGAAGAAGGUCACGCUGAAGCUGAUCGAGGCGGAGCACGUCGAGCCGGAACCGGCCGUCGAUCUGAAGGCGGCGGCGGGCGGCCCGGCGGGCGGCAGCGAGCGGGAAAGCCGCAGCCUGUUUGCGCGCGUCACCUCCUCCUCCGACAAGGACGGCAAGGAGGGGCGGGAGAAGCGCAGCCGCAGCGAGGACCGGAACAAGGCGCUCGCCGACCCGGGGCUGGUGAACGCGAAGGACACGCUGCGCAAGCACAAGGAGGAGAAGGACGCGAACGAGCGGAAGGAGAAGGAGGCCAAGUCGGGCAAGAAGCAGCACAAGAUCCGGCGGAAGCUGCUGAUGGGCGGGCUGAUCCGGCGCAAGAACCGGUCGAUGCCGGACCUGACCGAGGCGGUCGGGUCGGGCGGGCCCGGCUGCGACCCGACCGGCAAGGGCGCCGACCUGCUGGAGGGGAAGGGUGGAGCGGGCGGUGCGGGCGGGCCGGCCGGUGGGGCGCUGCACGGCGCCUCGCUCGACGACAGUGCGGUCGGGUUGAGCGUGAGCGCGAAGGACAACGCGAACAGUGGCUACCUGUCCGAGGGCCACUUCGACUACCAUCCCAUCUCGAACACGAACCCGAACCUGGAGCGCAGCAAGCUGAUGCGCAAGAGCUUCCACGGCAGCGGGCGGUCGCUGUCCGUGCCGAAGGUGCCGCCGCCACCGCCCGUACGCAUCGGGUCGGCCCUGAGCGCCGUCUCGAGUGGUACGGCAGGGGCGUCGCAGCAGCAGCAGCACCACCAGCAGCACCAGCAGCAGCAGCAGCAUCAACCGAACGGAGCUCCGUACGGUUCCUCCUCCUCCGCCUCCUCCUCGCCCUCGAUGCUGCAGAUGCAGAAGCUGCCGCUGAACGGGGUCAACCUGCGGCACCUCGAGUACGUCACGGAGGCGGCAGCGGCCGCCCAUCCACCGUCCGGCAUCAAGCCCUUCCACGAGGCGAACGUCUCGAACCUCUCCACGAUGAGCUCCAACACGAGCAUGAGCGAGGACUCGUGCCAAACCAUCAUCACCACCUGUGCGGUCGUGCACCAGGAGCAGUCGCCGGCGAAGCCGCAGGACCUGCCGCCCCCGCCGCCCACCGAGGAGGUCGACUCGAUCGUCCGCUACCAGCAGCAGCAGCAGCAGCAGCAGCAGCAGCAGGUACCGCAGCAGCAGUUGGAGCUGCCACCGUACCCGAGCCCACCGUCGACGACGUGCCAUUCGCGGCAGGCAAGCGAGGACUUUCCGCCACCGCCGCCAGCAAUCGACUUCGAGCCGCUGCACGAGCAGCUGAGCGAGAUCCAGAGCCUGCAGACGACCGGUGGGCAGGGCAAGCCGCCGAUGAUGAUGAUGAUGAUGUCCCACAGCUCCGGGCAGACGGGCAUACAGAACACGACCAGCAUACUGGCGCAGCUGCAGGCGAAGCAGCUCCAGCAGCAACUUCAACAGCAGCAGCAGCAGCAGCAGCAGCAGCAGCAGCAGCAGCAGCAGCAGCAAUACCAGCAGCACCAAGAGCAGCUCAACCUGAACAACCCGAUCAGCACUAGCGAGAUACUGAACGAAACCACGCGCUCGGAGAUCUGGCUGAAGGAGCUGCAGCUGAAGCAGCUCGCACUGAAGCAGCAGCAACAGUGCCGGGAGGUGUCGCCCGCUCAGCAGCAAUAUCAACCCCAGCAGCAGCAAGGGCCGAAGCUCCCGGCCGGCCCUCCCGCGACCGGUGGAGACCAGCGCAGCGUGCGCGACCUUGCCUCACGCUUCGAGCAGAUCAAGCUCUCCGUCGGGCAGCAGCUGCAGUCGCAGUCGGCGGCGCACCCGCCGAACGUGCGCACCGGCAUGAGCGGGCUGCUGCUCGCCGACCAGCAGCAGAAAGCGAACGCUCGCUCAACACCUCCACCGCCGCCACCACCGCAACCGGCCGCAACGGACGUGCCGGACACCGUGCCCAGUGCAGACUUCUCCACCGGCAGCGGCGAGGAUGUGGUCGACUGCCCGCGCGACAUCGGCAUGGUGUACCGGAUGCAGCUGCCCAAGCCCCGGUACGACAUCGCCCAGAGCCAGAUCCAGGAGGAGAUCCGGGAGGUGGAGAUGCUGAACCAGGUCGUCCAGCAGACGCUCAACAAUGGGGCGGCGGCUGCAGCAGCAGCAGCGGCCAGCAAGUCGGACGUACUGCCGGCGGCCGGCCGGACCAAGAAGAAGAGCGUGUCGUUCUGCGACCAGGUCAUACUGGUGGCGACGGCCGACGAGGACGAGGAUGACGGGUUCAUCCCGAACCCAAUCCUGGAGCGGGUGCUGCGGACAGCCGGCGGUGCUGGUGGCGGCCCCACCGCAGCAGCAGCAGCGGCCGCCGUCGGCUGUACCGAUGCUGACGUCACGCCGGGCGUACUGCUGCCCGCGGGCAACGGUGGCGAGUCGGUGGCUCCUGCCGCGGGUCUGCCGGAACGGCUGCCGACACUGUCCACCAGCAUUACGUACCACCCGAUCAAGGCACCGUCGCCGACGCAGCAGCUCAAGCAGCAGCCGACGCCGCCCGGCGCCCCAGUCUACUCGCUGGCGGCCGACAUGCACAAGCAGAACCUGGAGAUACAGCGCCAGCUGCAGCAGCAGCAGCAGCAGUACUACGGUGCGGUGAACAACAGCAGCCCCGAGCUGGAGAGCUACAAGCAGCAGCAGCAGCAGCAGUACUCCUCCAUCCCAGCGAACGCCACCAUCUUCAAGACGCAUCAGUUCAGUGCGGCUAUGCCGACGACCAAGGCGACGCCCUCACUGUACGGCGUGCCGCCCAACAUGUCGCUGCAGCUUCAACAGCAGCAGCAGCAGCAGCAACGACUCUACGGCAGCGACACGGGCAGCGAGCUUAGCUUUGACGGGCGCAACAGCUCCUCCUCCUCCCAGCUAACCUCACCGUACAUGACCGUGCCGCAUCUGCUGGGAGACGGUGGGGCUGGUAGUGGACCACCACCGCAGCAUGCCGUCGGUGGCUACCAGACCGUGUCGGCGUCGCCGACCACCAUCACCACCAACACGAGCCCGGCCUCCAACACGCUGCUGCGUCAGAACAUUGCCACGCUGCUGCAGCACCAGCAGCUGGGCGGUGUGACGCCAGCGGCCAUGCGGCCCACUCCCCCGAACGGCCACACCCUGCCCAAUGUCUACCAGAAGCCGCCGAAACCGCUCAACGCCUACCAGCAGCAGCAGCCGACGACGACGACGACGACGACGCCCCAACAACAGCAGCACCAGCUCCAGCAGCUCACUAGCGCUGCCGGCUACAAUGGUGGAGUCACCACGAUGCCCUCCUACACGCAGCAGCAGUCCAGCUCACCCUACCAGCGCGUUCCACUGCCGCUCGGGUACGACAACCUCUACCACGAGCAGCCCUCGAUGGGGCUCAUGACCCAACAGCAGCAGCAGCAGCUUCUAGGUCUCGGCAAUAGUGUCGCACAGCAGCAGCAGCAGCUGCAGACGAAACCGAUCCAGAAGAAGGUGAGCUUCGAGCCGGGCACGAAGGGGGGCGGUCCGGACGGGUCGCCCGGUACGAACGUGUCACCUUCCCCGUCUGCCAACGGAUGUCAGCCGCAGCAGCAGCAGCACUAUCAACUACAGCUACAGGACGCACAACAGCAGCAGCAGCAGAAUGUCGUCGGUUUGCCCACGCGCGUCGUCCCGAUCGCGACGACGUACGGGAACGGGAGCGCGAUCGUCAAACCGUCCGCCAAGGCGGUCCAGUGCAAUCUCUGCCGGAAGAAGCACUGCAUCCUGCCCGCCAUCUACUGCAGCGACUGCGAGACGUAUCUUGCCCGCUUCCAGAUGCCGGUCCGCCGGUAAUAGUCCACGGCCCGGACACUUACCUCCCGGGAGACCUGGUGGAAUAUAGUGCCUGUUGGAAACAAACCUGUUGGAAUAUAGUGCCUGUUGGAAACAAACCUGUUGGAAAAUAGUGCUCGAGACACUCGAGGGAACAGAACGCUCCAAAACACGCAAUUGGUUGUAAACCAAUUGUUUUUUUUUUUUUUUUUUUUGCCGUCCGUCGGUGGCGAGAGGAUUGGCUCUCUUGCCUCGCCUGUUUGUCGUGUCCGCCUGAAUGUGAUAACUUAGAAAUGCAAAAACAAAUCAAAAACAAAAUGAAGCGCGGCAACCAGCCCUCGAUGGAGUGCUGCUGUAUUAAUAUUAUUUUUUUUUUUAUUCGGUGCUGCACUGUGCUGCUGCGUUGAGCUAACCUUAAAAAAGCAAUAGUGGGGCGGUACACAGAUGAUGUCUGUGUGUGUGUGUGUAUUGUAUCAUGUGGUGGGAAUCACGGGGGAAAAGACCUGCGCGUCCUUUUUCCGACCAAACGCGCACCGCGACGAGGUUAUGUUUACGAUUUUAUUUAGCCGUUGCAAGUAUCCAAUUUGACACCCACGUAGAGGACCGGAGCGCGCACAGGAGAUGGAGAAGGACGGACGCUUCUUUUCCAUCUCCGCUACGCGCGCGCCGCGGGUGUUUUUUUUUUAAAUAAUUAUUUUAUUUUUUAAUUCUAAUACACACACGCCUUAAACCGGCCAGAGCGCUGCCAGCUGUCGAACAAUAACACUUAAUGGGCGGCCUCUUAGUACACUUACCCCCUUACGUUUACUACUUUUAACACGCGUAGCUUAAGUUCAUGCGCUAGUAAGUUAGGGAUAGUAUUACCUUUUUUUUUAAAUUUUCCUUAGCGACAAGAAGGGGUGCGCAAAGGGGAAGGAUGGAGCAACAGUGAACUCUUUGCCCCGGAGGUUUCUUCACAAGGGAUUGUGUGGGAUGGGCGUUCUGCGGGCGCUGCGCAAACAGUGCUCGAAAAAAUAGUGGCCGAACAGGGCCGAAUUGAUGAUCGAAUCUCGCCAGCGGAUUCGGUUCGGUGCCAUCGUCUCGUCCUCCGCACGCGAAAAUGCGGCUGGCUGACAACAGAAGGGAGUAUUGCGGGGGGGGGGGGGGCAAAGAUCGGAGGAGUAGUGUUCGAAAGUGGAAGAAAGAAGGGCGGAACAAAAAACUGCUCGAUAUAAUAGUACUUAGCAUUAGUUGAUCGCUCCGUUUUUUUUUUUUUAUUUUAACGCUUAAACACACGCGUUUAAACUUCCGCUUCCUUUCCCGCAGCUUCCCCCAACACAACGGGGGAAGGGUGGCAAAGGGAGGCGACCCUGAGAACAAAGCCCGUGGGGUGGAAAGUAAUUUUAAAUAAAAGCUAAGAUAAGUAUUCGGCUAGCAACAGUGGUAACCAAUUUCCUGCCCCGUUCUAUUUCAUACUCCCCCAUAACAUUUUGUUGUUCAUAUCCCCCCCCCCCCCCCCCAUACCAUCCCUCUCUUGCCACCCACUCUUUUCUUCCAUUUAGCAAUUUAAAAAAAAAACGCGCAUAUUAUUGUAACAUUCAAAUUUAAAACAUUCCAACAAUGCUUCCAGCGCGAGCAACGUUUUUUUGUUUAUUUGUGUGUCUUUUUGUAUUAUUUUUUUUAGAAACAGCCGCCCCCUAAUUCAUCCCACAAGUGUCUGUGUGUGUGUGUGUGUUUGUGUCAAUGUAACGUUUCAGCACGACGUUGCAAAGGCGCACCCGCCGCCGCACAAAAUGUAAGAUUUAUAACGUUUAAAUCGAAAAAAAUGCAUAAAACAACAACCACACGUGCCCAUCAUCAUACACGCCGCUCCACAACGUUGUUGUUGUGUGUGUGUGUGUGUGUGGGCGCGUUGGAAACAAAUAGUAAUAUAAAUGAAUAAUAAAAUAUUACCUUUCACUAUUUACAGAAAAAAAAAUGAUAAUAAUUGUUGCGUUUUGGGAUUAAAUUUCAUUACUUUGCGCGGCCGGUUGCGGCGCCAUUUGAAUAUUGAGAAAUGGGGAAAUUGGUUGUAACUGUAGAGUAGUUGUGAAACAAAAAAUCCAAUAACAUUUUGCUUCUCGUAAUUGCACUCCAAAAAAAAACGCAUCAACGAUCUUUUCGUUCAUUCAAAAGAAUUUAUUUGCCCAGCUCUAGUAACGCGCCGGAACGCGCCGGAGGAGCCCGAUUACACGUGGCGUUUUGUUUGUUUGUUUGUUUGCGAGACACAGGAGUAUCAUAUAGUUCCGCGCUCGCUGGCUUCCGGACAAAAACAUAUACAUAUUAAACCCAUUAAACACGAUACAAGCCGAUUGCAAAACAUUUCUCGCUCACUCUCUCUCUCUCUCUCUCUCUUUAUCAUCCUCUUCGUGGUCUACAGGGUUUUCCAGGGAUUCUUAUAGUUGUAGGACACUUCCUGGACUCUAUCCUAUUGGAAGUGAACUUUAUAUGUUCGCAAUUGGACUCUAUGGCACCCUUUUUAGACAGGCUACUUGGAAAUUCCUAUUAGAGUUGUCCAACAAGAGUGCUAUAGAGUCCACAGCUAUGAGAGCUCCUGGAAAACCCGUGUAUCGAUUACCGCCAAAACUGCACUGUUUGUUUGUUUUCUCAUUCAAGCAUAUCGCAUUGCGUGUGUGUGUGUGUGUUGGUUGCUUUCUUUUCUACGCGUUCUCCCCAUCUCUCUCUCUCUCUCUCUAGUAUUUGUUUCGCUUUAUGCUAAUCUUUAAUCGCUACUCACGCCUAUCUCCUAAACACAGGUGUUUUGGGGUGGGGGCGGCUCUCACCGGUUGUGAUUUAUUUGAUUAUUUUGUUCUAUAUUUACGGGGGUUGCGCUUUUUUUAGUGUUUCGUUUUUUCAUGUCCACCUCAUUACCCUUUUUGCAUCGUUUUACACCUUUCCUCUUGCCUUUCUGCUGCUUCUUCGGGCUCCGGGCCAAGCAAAAAUAAAUAAAAAUCGACCUAAAAACAAGCGUGUGUGGGUGUGUGUGUUUACACAACUAAUUUGAUGAUCCGAACAGUGAAAACUGAAAAUGAAACCAACCGUUCCGAUCGCACUAUCUAAAACACUAUCGUACGCGGCGAGGAGAAGGUGUUUACAGGGUUUCCCACGAUUUAUUGGUCAGUUCCCAUGAUUUUUUUUUUAUUUUUGGUUCGUUCCCAAGAUUUAUUGAUAUUUUCCGAUUGGAUAUCAAUACAAUUGGACCAACAAAUUCUGGAAAACGGCCAAAAAAUCGUGGGAACGCACAAAAAAAAAUAUAUGGGAACCCACCAACAAUUGAUGGGAACCAACCAAUAAAUCGUGGGAAACCCUGUAUAAGAUAUUUUUUCUUCUAACAGCUUUCGUAUUCUCUUCCGAAAAAAAAGCACGUCCCGGUAAGAUUUUGCGCUUUCCAUUGCAUGCUUUCAUUGUGUUGCUUUUCCGGCACAACAGGGACAACAGCAACCUGCACAGCGAGUCUAUAAUUCAUAUCGUAUAUAAUAUCGUUCUAGCAACGCAUUAAAAUACACAUUAGAUACACAGAAGAGCAAGCGAAAAGAAAAGAAGAAAAGAAACGCAACAUGAAAUUUACAAAUCGAUUUAAGUAAAACUGGUGUAAAAGAAAAACAAACAGUACAAAAAUUUACACAUUUGCUGCCCGGUGCGAAACGCUGCUGCUAGACCUUGUCCUUAAAUACAGCCGCAGGUCGUUUGU